AUGUAUUGCCACAAUUGUGGCAAAGAGUUCGAGGGAAAACCCAACUUCUGCAGUGAUUGUGGGAAAAGGCUGCAAGAAGACGGUGACGAUACUCACGCGCCACCUUCAAUUGGAGAAUUGCCAGACACAUCUGACUCUGACUCUGAGAUUGUGAUAAAAACAACAUCAAGAGAGUUUGAUCUAGCUGAUACACUGCCAUUUGAACCUCAUCACAAAAGCAGUCCUGUACACAAAGAGCCUGACAAGGUGAAUGGUGCUGGGGGGCUGUCACUCUCUACUGAAGUACAACAGACUAUACACUUGGAUGAGGAUCAUACUUAUCCAGGUACCUCCGGAUGUCUUGACGUCAAGAGCUCCUGUUACAGAAACUACACCAAUCUCUUUGCACCUAUCGUCAUUGAUUAUGAUGAGGAGGAUGAAGUUCUCAUUCCUGAGGAAACAAAUGACAUGCCCUCAGAAGAAUCUGAACCCACAAGUGUGCAGGCACCUGAAGUAAUUGCAAAUUUGGCACUUGCAAUUGACCGCAAGAAAGUCAGCAGGUUCAAUAUAUCGAGAUCUGACGUAUGGGAUGGAGCCGUCAGAGGAUUUCGACGCAGCUCAUACUCCGAAAACAGCGACAUCUUCGUUAAGUUUACCGACGAUGCAGGGUCCUUUGAAGAAGGGUUGGACACAGCUGUCAGGGAAGAUGAGUACUUUCUUGCAGGCAAGAUGACUGCUGUGUCUAUCAUACACGGGGGACCAGCACCACAUUUCCUCUCAAAGGACCUUGUCAACCACAUAAUAGGGAAGCCAAGUUUCAGUGCCACUGUGGAAGAUGUAACAGAUGAGGAGAUAGGGAAAGCUCUACGUCAGGUAGAAAAUUAUCUUGACUGA